UAACAUGACGAUACGUAUGCAAAAUUUAGCAAGGUGUACGCGAAUGUCAAGUGUAAAUUUACAUGCAUCUUCAGCGGUUCUAUGUUUGUGAUCCCGGUGUUUCAGUCCGGACCUGUUUUGAGGUCGCAUCCAACAUGGCAACCUUUACUGGCCGCUCGUGUCUGCAGUAUUUACUUCAUCUUGCUCAGGAUAAUCUCGACUUCAGGUUACCGGAGAUUAAGGCUUUGCUGGCUCUAACAGGAAAAGCUUUCCAUCCUUGUCACAGCUUUAGAGAAAAGUCUCCUUUUUGGUGUCUGGAUGGUUUAUGUGAGGAAGAUGUCCGCAGCAUCACAACUCGAUCUGUUUGUGCAAAGUCUGCUUUUGAAUUGUGGGGCCACGGACGAACACACAGUGAACUCAGAACAUCCCUCUUGAACUACCCAACAGAGAAGAUGUCACCAUUCUUGUGCGCAGGAUCCACAUACAAGAUCAGCAUCCGCACCUUCAACAAAUCUCUAGAGUUUACAGAGAGAAUCAAAAAGAUUGAUGCUUUGGACUAUCUUCCAUUUGAGGGAACAGUGAGCCUGAAGAACCCUCAGCACAUCUUCUGCUUGUUAGAAGAUUACGGCAGCAACCCCAACGACAUUCCAGACGAACCACACUAUGUCUAUUUUGGGCGCUGGAUAGCAGAUGGACAAAGAGAACUGAUUCGCUCCCACAGUGUGAAGAACAGGCACUUUAUAGGCAACACCAGUAUGGAUGCUGGUCUGUCAUUCAUCAUGGCCAACCAGGCUAAAGUCAAAGCAAACGACCUUGUCUUUGACCCGUUUGUUGGUACAGGCAGUGUGUUAGUCGCAUGCUCACAUUUUGGAGCCUAUGUCUGUGGGACUGAUAUUGAUUACAACACGAUUCAUGGAAAAGGUAGGUCAAGCCGCAAAAACCAGAAGUGGCGAGGGCCCGAUGAGAAUAUUAGAGCUAAUCUACGGCAGUACGGAACAGAGAAGUCCUAUGUGGACGUGAUGGUGUCUGAUGCAUCCAAGCCUGUGUGGAGGAAGGCACCUCUCUUUGAUGCCAUCAUCACAGAUCCGCCAUACGGUAUCCGUGAAUCCACAAGAAGAACAGGCUCCCACAAAGACAUAACUAAACCACCGGAUGGCACCUACACAGAGUCUCACGUUCCUGUCUCGCAGGAGUACCACCUGAGUAACAUGUUCAUGGAUUUGUUACAGUUCUCCGCCUAUCACUUGCUCAUGGGCGGGAGGCUCGUCUACUGGCUGCCCGUCUUCAGACCCGAGUACUGUGAGGAGAUCAUUCCCUCUCACCCAUGUCUUAGGCUGAUCAGUAACUGCGAGCAGGAACUGUCCAGUCAUAUGUCAAGACGCCUCAUCACCAUGGAGAAGAUCAAGGAGCCUGAGGAAUUAGACAGCCUGGAUCGCCUGUCUGAGCCGCACUUCAGUGCCUACCAUAAGCUCAACGCCUUUAGAGAAAAGUAUUUUAGUGGAGUUAACAAAAGGUUUGGCAAAGAAGAUAAACCAAAUGGCCAAAUUUUAGACUGAAUGAAGUACGACUCAAGAGGAAGAUGAGAUGAAAUCCCUUCAGAACCUCAGU